AUGCCCCCGUCAGAUGACUGGCCCAAGAACCAGAUGUCCAAGCGUCAACAGAAGAAGCAGGUGCUGCGGGAAGCACGACAAGAGCGGAAGGGCGCCAAGAAGGCCCUGAAGCAGGUUCAAUCCUUGAGCUCGGUGCUUCAGAGCUUAGAUGAGCUGCUGGCGGCUCAUUUGGGAUCCUCGAUGCCCCGUGCUACGGCGCUGGAGAAGGUCUUUGGAGCUACGCAGGCGUAUGAGACGCUGGAAAUGGCGCAUGGACCAGCAGUUGAGGAAGGCUUGGCCUUGUUGGGAGCGUCGGUGGUGCGACCAGAGAAGUACAACGCAAAGUUCCUGCCACAGGAAUAUUCGCUCCUUCACAAGAUUUGGACGUUGCUGGGGCCCGACAGCUCCUCUGCUGGGGUGCUGGACAUCGGCGCGGGGAACGCCAACUGCGCGGUGCUGGCAGCAGCGCUUUUGGGUUUGACGGUGAUUUGCGUGGAACGGGAGUCACCCCGCAUCGAGCUGCGCGCUGAGGAGCUGCUGCCGCCCUCGCUGAGGGCAAAGGUGCGGCGCUUGGAGAUGGACAUCGCCGAGCUCGACGUGGCGACCUUAAAGGCUCUCGCGAAGCAGUAUGGCCUCCAGCGCUUCGUCCUCGUGGCGAAGCACCCCUGUGGCAUCGGAGUGGAUCGCUCCAUCGACUGCGCGCUGCAGCUCGUCGACGCACCCGAGGACGUGGAUCUGAUGGGCGUGGUGAUCGCCACCUGCUGCAGUAACAAGCUGAGCCUGGAUGAUUUCCGAGAAUCGCGCGUCCAGGAGUUCUGCGAUCUCAACUCGAGGCAGUUGGGCUCCGUAACACCGGACUUGGUGAAGGCCGUGGAGCUCAUGAGCAAAUGCACCGCCUGGCGCUCGGCCGCACAGAGCCUGGGGAACGCCAUCAGCGACGAACAGAUCACGUACGCUCAGAUCUUCGAGGAUCACCUGCAAGCCUUGCGAGUACAGAAGCUGGCGCAGGCCUUCGGUGCGGCCAAGGAGGUCCGUUUCGCACCAAGGAGCUGUACCUUGCAGGACCGCUGUUUGAUCGGCUGUCCAGAUCUGGACCUCCCUUCCGAAGGCUUCCUGGAACGCCUCCGCGAGGGAGUUCAGGACUUCCUGCGACUGAAUGGCGGACCCAUGGAUUGCAGGAGACCCGGGGCCCAAGGGACUCAAGUCCAGCAAGUACGACUUCGACUACUCCGAAGACUGCUGAGCACAGAUCCUCGCACCUGCGCACCCCUCCCAUCCCAAGUGACCAGCACGGCACAGACGUGGUCACAACGCGCCUAUGUGACCUGGGACCACGACACGACCUGGUCACCGCAGCUGGACUGGUGGGGUUUCUUCAGCGUCGAAUCUGCUUUGAAGCGUCGAAGAUGCCGAUGUUGGGAGUCUGCAUCCGGGCAGAUCUCGUUGGCCCUUCGGAGGCGAUUUACGGUUCGCGACACGAACCGUGGGCUCCUGGCGGGCACCUGGCAGGAGGUUGGCAGCGACGACAAAGGCGCGGAGACCGAUCCCAAGAAGAACAGCUUUCUGAUCAGCUCCGUGCGCGGCCGGGGCCGCUCCCGGAGCCGGGCGUCGCUGAGCCGCGCGUCGCGGGGCGAGGCGCGCAGCCGCAGCCGCAGUGGAAGUGCCAGGCCUCGCGCACGUCCCAUUUGCUUCAAGGUGGAGCAGCGCUUCCGAGCUUUGAGGUUUCCGGAGAUCCAGCGGACCCUGCGGGCUGCCUUGCGGGCGCGCGCCGGUGGGCUUGGGCUCAUCACUUACAGCAAGCAGGGCUGUCACUUAGAUCCACCAGAGGGAGAGCCUUGGCCUGCUCCAGAUCAAGAGGAUCACUCCGACCGCGGUCAGGAUGAGGCGCCCAAAGCUGAUGCGCCCGAAGCAGGCCCCAAUGCGGAGUUCCUGGUGCUGAGAGCCCUGGGAGGGAGCCAUGCCCAGAUCGCAGAGCUGUGUAAACGAGCAGAUGAGGAGAUGAUUGGCCUUUACUGCAAAGAUCCAGCGGGACUGUACUUGUUAGCCUUCUCUUCGAGCAGCUCUCGCGUCGCGGAGCAUUUGCUCGAGGAAGGCCAUGGUGUGAGACCUUCCACAGAGGUCACAGGUGAGCCUGCACCAACGACCUUGGCAGCAGCCGGGCUCAGCAGCUUGAGUGACCUGCAUUGGUCGAAAGGAUCGAUCCACUUGAUCGAGACCUGUGCUGGCCUUUGGGUGGAGGAGGAGCUCCAUCUGGAUGGAGGUGAGGAGUCCAAGCCAGAGACCUCGGCGCUGCGGCUGGCCAGGCGGAUCCGCCUCAUCAGCCGCCGGGGGCUGUUGGCCGAGGUGCACUUUGCAGAGCCCUAUCGCGCGGUCGCGGGCUGCCUCGCCCUGGAGCCCGCCACAGAUGCAGACCAGGUGGGCGACAAGGUCUGCGUGUGUCGUAAGAUUGCCGUCGACACCGAGCCCGGCCGCGUAGCGACACGGCAUCUCUCAGAGGUGAGCAAGGAUCAGAUGCUGGAUCUUCCUGACGGCGACGUGCCAGGCUUCACCUGGCGCCGGAUCUCCCAAGACGAGAUGCCGGUCGCUGCAGCGGAGCUGCUCAUGGAGCAGGCGGCCGGCCCCGGCUCGAAGCCGCCGGUGUGUGGUUUGCGCGCGGGAGUUUGGAUUGUCUGCGGUGACGUGUCGCUCCAGGUCUUAGGGCCGCCACGCGGAGAGGGGUUCAUUGGUGCCACCCUGUGCAUGAGCAUGGAACAGUUGAAGCGGAUCCAGGAACCUCAGACCUUGGAGGAGGAACUCCAGGGACGCUAUGAGGCCUCCACCGGCCUCAUCGUGGAGAAGGGCUGCAUCCGCCGCGACCGCGGCGUCGGCCGCGCGGCAGAGGCCAAGGGACCUCUCUUGUGUGGCGCCGGCGUCAACAACAACGAUCCGGGUUUUAAGACAGUGAGCAUCCUCUACAGCACCGGACUGAUGACGAAGGUGGACGAAGAAGAGGAAGUCCGGACGGUCCUCACUAGGGUCGGCGGCAGCAUUACCUUGGACAGUGGCACCUUCAACCAAGUGUGGCGCAUUCGUGAGCUCGAGGACAACCCCUUUGACAGCCCAAGCUUGCGUGCUGCGCGGAAAGUCCCGGCGGUAGGCCGCGCAGCUGGCCCUGCCUCAGCAGUGGCAAGGGUGGCCUCGAGUUUCUCUCCCAAGGGCAAGGGCAAAGGCAAGGGCAAGUCCGGUAAGGGGCGUGGAAGCCGUGCGCCGGUGUCUGCCGCUCCAGCACGGCAGGCAGUGCCCGCCUUUCGCCCGCCCUUGGGCUCGUGGCCAGCGACCCGAUCACUCACCGUCUAUGGAGCCCUUCCAUCGCCUGUGGUCCGAGGAGGAGCCCUCAGCUUUGCUCCCCGACCCCGGCUGGGCAGUCGGCCACCGGGACGACCGCUGUCCUCCUUGCAGGCUGAGCUUCAUGCUCCAGGUCGCCCCGGCCCGCCCCGGCGAGAACCGGCGCCCCGGCGAGAACCGGAACCGGUGCGGCGGGGUGUGACGUUGAGCUCCGGGCCGGGGCACCGGCGGCGCAGCCGCAGUGUCUCCAGGCGUAAGGAGCUCCGGUCGCCAGGCUACAGAGAUGCCCCGAAGACGCAUGGCACGCCCAAGUUCGACCGGCACCGGAGCCGAUCGAACCGCGGCAAGCGCUCACGAAGCAGGAGCCGCGGCGGUCGGCGUGGGGCACGGAAGAACUGA